CCUCGAUGCGCGCGCCCCCGCUUAGGGUGAGGUCACCCUUUGAACCAGCCGGCGCCGCCUAAACCUGUUUUCGCGCGCUCCCUCCGCCAUUGCGUUGCCCGCGUCGACUUCGCCGCGCUGCUGUGCGGGCGUCCUCGAAACGCUGCUGCGUUCGCGCGGCUUUCAUCGGCGUAGAAUGCCUGGAUGUUGUGUUCCUCAGUGCUCCAACCAUUCGAGAAAUGGUUGGAGGAUGUUCCAUUUUCCAAGGGACCCAAAAAGGCGGCUUCUGUGGCUGGUGCGAGUCAAGCGUGACAAGUGGCAACCGACGAACUCCUCGUGUGUCUGCAGCGCUCAUUUCGAAGCCAGCAGCUUCGAACAGAACCGCGCGGAUGGGUGGAAGAAGCUCAAGCCUAAUGCUGUACCAACGGUGUUCCCAUUCAAAGAACUUCCUAAAGAGCGAAGGCCACCAAGGGAACGAAAUGCACACGUGCCUGCAUUAUUCAGUGACGACGCAGCCGCACACAAUUCUUCACGAGAAGUGAGAAACGUUCUUCCCUCAACUACGCAGGAAUUUUCUCCCGCUGAUUCUUCGUCAGACGGGGAGAUAAAUGAGAGAUUGGCGGCUACGGAAACCAACAAUGCUAAUGGGCAACUUACUUCGACCCCCAGGGAUGCACGGCUUCAAGAAACUGCAAUAGUUACUGCGACCCAACCCCUCGAUUCUGAGGCAGCUGAGCUUAGGAAGAAGAUUGCAGAUCUCACAGCAGCCAAUAAUAAGCUUAGACAACAUCAUAACGAAUCUAAGAACACUGUCAAAAAACUACAGAUGCAGGUACGCAAGCUGCAGAAAGAGGCAACUAAUUUCUCACGAAAUACGAAGUUUUUAAAUGAAGACCAAAUUCGUGCUCUUUCUCGGAACAACAAUCAUGGUAAUUCGUGGUCAGCGCAAACAGUAAAGCAAGGUCUAAAAAUUAAAUUUGCUUGUGGAACCACCGGGUAUGAAACACUCAGAAAGAUUGGCUACCCUCUUCCAUCCAGCAGAACGUUAGCAAGAAGAAUUCAGGGCCUGAAGUUUCUGCCAGGUAUCCUGCAUGAAGUGAUCGACGUCAUGAGGUCGAAAGCAGAGGGAAUGGAGGACGUGGAGAAAGACUGCGUUCUCUUUUUAGAUGAAAUGGAGAUAGCACCCGGAUUUGAACUCGACCGUGGCGAAGACGUGCUUCUGGGAGGAACGACGUUGCCCUCAAAGCCUGAAGAGCCAGCCAAUCAUGCUUUGGUGUUUAUGCUAGGUGGGCGGCUGCCGGCAGACUGUGGGGACAAAGUGCGUGAUUUCCACCGCUUUGUCAUUCGGAUCCGUGAGGACAAAAAGUUCCUGCUGUCGCAAAUCGGGAACGCGGACCAGACGCCUAUAAACUUUGACAUGCCAAGAAACAGCACUGUCGAUAUGAAAGGUGCGAAAAGUGUGCAGGUUAAGACGACGGGCGCCGAGAAGCAGCGGUGCACCGUGAUGUUAGCUGUAACAGCGGACGGCAGGAAGCUGCCGCCGUUCGUCGUCUUCAAAAGAAAGACUCUGCCAAAGGGAACUCUUCCUGCCGGUAUCCACAUUCGCGCCCAGGAGAAAGGGUGGAUGUCGGCCGAGCUGGUGUCCGACUGGCUGAAAACAGUCUGGGGACGGCGGCCCGGGGCUCUUCUCCUGCCAUCGCUGCUUGUUAUGGACAGCUUCGGCGGCCAUCUGGAAAAAAAUGUCCGCUGCCGAAUGAGCGAGUUACGCACGGACCUCGCUAUCAUCCCAGGUGGCUUGACAUCAGUGCUGCAGCCCCUUGAUGUUUCCAUUAAUAAGCCCUUUAAGGACAACGUGCGCCGGCUCUAUACAGAGUGGAUGGCCGCGGGAAACCACGACCUGACUCCCGCAGGUAAGAUUAGAAGGCCCACCAUCGACAUGCUCUGUCGAUGGAUUCUAGAAGCAUGGAGUGUGAUUCCCAGCGAGAUGGUCGUCCGCAGCUUCAAAAAGACUGGCAUCUCCAACAGCCUCGACGGCAGUGAAGACGACGCGCUGUGGGAAGACGACGACGCCGACGAAGUCGCAAGCGAUAUGAGUGGAAGCGUGGAUUCAGAUAGCGAGCCCGAGUGA